UAGACUCUAGAGACUAGUCGGGUUGCUCAGACGUGCUUGAAAUUGUUGGAUUUGGCUUGCUAUGAAUGCUCCAGCGCUGUAAGCACACAUUACUUGGCACAGAACGCUGACUUUUGCCCUACUUCCAUGUCUGCAGUCUAUGCUGGAAACCCUUGUGUGUGUCUGAGGGAGGACAAGCAGAGCUGUAUUGUGCCUCGCAGCGAUUUGGAGAUCUCAUGCGGGUUUGUUGUUGCAGUCAGCGUCGUGUGCAAACUGAUCUGCAGACCUCGCCAUGGUGAACGCCAGCCUAAUCGACAGCUGCAGCAGCGCAAGCUGUAGCAGCAGCACAGAUUCCAAGGAAAGCUCGCGAUGUUCAACCCCCGUCCUCGACCUUGAACGGCAUGAGCGUCUCCGAGAAAAAAUGCGCAGGCGCAUCGACUCCGGAGACAAAUGGUUUUCUUUGGAGUUUUUCCCUCCACGCACAGCCAGUGGUGCCGUCAACCUCCUCUCCAGGUUUGAUCGAAUGGGCUCUGGUGGACCCCUCUUUAUCGAUGUGACCUGGCACCCUGCAGGGGACCCUGGCUCUGAUAAAGACACCUCUUCCAUGAUCAUUGCAAGCACGGCUGUCAAAUUUUGUGGCCUGGAGACCGUUCUGCACAUGACAUGUUGUCACCAAACCAAGGAGGAGAUCACAAGGCACCUACAGAAGGCCAAGCAUCAGGGACUGAAGAAUAUUAUGGCUCUCCGAGGGGAUCCUAUUGGAGCAGAAUGGGAAGAUGAGGCAGAAGGAUUUAAUCAUGCGGUUGACCUGGUGAAACACAUCCGGCAGGAGUUUGACGAUUACUUUGACAUCUGCGUUGCUGGUUACCCCAAAGGCCACCCUGAAGCAAAAAGUUACGAACAAGAUCUGGUGCACCUGAAAGAGAAGAUGGAUGCUGGGGCCGACUUCAUCAUCACGCAGCUUUUCUUCCGUGCAGAGACCUUCCUAAAGUUCCUGAAGGACUGCAGAGCCAUAGGGAUCACCUGCCCCAUCCUGCCGGGAAUCUUUCCCAUCCAGGGUUAUUGUUCCUUGCGACAGUUGGUGAAACUCUCCAAGCUCGAGGUACCCAAAGAAAUCACAGAUGUGAUUGAACCCAUAAAGGACAAUGAUGCUGCCAUCAGGAAUUAUGGUAUUGACCUGGCGGUGUCUAUGUGCAGGGAGCUUUUGGACAGCGGAGCGGUGCAUGGGCUGCACUUCUACACUUUGAACCGGGAGGUGGCUACCAUAGAGGUGCUGAAGCGUCUGGGGUUAUGGCAAGAGGACCCCAGACGACCUCUCCCGUGGGCGGUCAGCGCACAUCCAAAGAGGAGGGUGGAGGAUGUUCGCCCUAUUUUCUGGGCCUCCAGACCGAAGAGCUACAUUCAUAGGACACAGGAGUGGGAUGACUUCCCGAACGGGCGCUGGGGUAACUCGUCGUCUCCGGCCUUUGGAGAAUUGAAGGAUUACUACCUUUUCUACCUGAAGAGCAAGUCCCCACGAGAUCAGUUGUUGAAAAUGUGGGGGGAGGAGCUUAGCAGCGAGGAGAGCGUAUAUGAGGUCUUCACCAGCUACAUAUCCGGGACCCCCAACAAGAACGCACACAAAGUAAAUUGUUUGCCUUGGAACGAUGAUCCUCUGGCCCCAGAAACCAACUUGCUGAAGGAAGAGCUUGAAAAGGUCAACAAAAGAGGAAUCCUGACCAUUAACUCGCAGCCUAAUGUGAACGGGAAGCCCUCCACAGAUCCAAUUGUUGGCUGGGGCCCCAGCAAGGGCUAUGUGUUCCAGAAGGCCUACCUGGAGUUCUUUACAUCCAGUGACAUGGUGACGGCUCUGACCAAAGUUCUGAAGAGAUAUGAACCUCGUGUCAACUACCAUAUCGUCAAUGUACAUGGUAAAAACAUCACCAAUGCCCCAGACCUACAACCAAAUGCUGUGACGUGGGGCAUCUUUCCUGGCCGUGAAAUUAUCCAGCCUACGGUAGUGGACCCAGACAGCUUCAUGUACUGGAAGGAUGAAGCUUUUGCCUUGUGGAUCGAGCAAUGGGCAAAGCUCUAUGAGGAGGAAUCUCCAUCUCGAAUGAUCAUUCAGUAUAUCCAUGAUAACUACUUCCUGGUUAACCUCGUGGACAAUGACUUCCCCUUGGAGAACUGCCUGUGGCAAGUGAUAGAGGACACAUUUCAAGAACAUGACAACCCAACAGAACAAUGAUACUGAGAAAUCCUGUAGCUGCCACUACUACCUCGUAGUACAAGGAGCAGACCCCUGCCAUCGGUAGGGAUGCCCAGCCUUGUUCCUCACCUCCUAUCUAUGGAAAACCUCUGCAUCUGGUUACUUUAAGCAACUCUCCUGUGAUAUGGUCCGUCCAACAGGAGACCACCUGGUCUAAAGCCUCGUACACACAAUACGAUUGUUGGAAGGGGAUUGUCUGUUGACACACCGUUGUCCUAAAUUCUUAUCGUUGUAUGGCAGGCUAGUAAAUAAUGUUUGGUGGACAACGGCUCCACACCUUAUUUUUGUAUGGUCAGUACAUAAAUGCAUCACACAAAAGUCGAAAGUACAAACACGAAUGCUCGGAAUCGAUGCUCACCAAACAUGAAAUUAGCAGAAGGGUCCCGUCACUACGUUCGUGUUUGUGGCACGACAAUUGUGCAACGUUGGUAUGCA